AUGUCAGGGCACCAUCAUGACCACGAUGGCCACUGCCACGGCGAAGAUCACGACCAUACCAACGAUAUCACUCCAGCCAUCCAAUCCCUCCUUUACUCCCAGAUCAACUUCGACCUGAUCACAACCCUAAAUGAGACGACACCAAACUCUGGUACAGCCAUCGUCCAGAAAACCUGGGCCGAGCGACUAAACGACAAGCCCGAGCUCGAAAGUGAUGCCGACGAACAACUGCUCAUGACCAUCCCCUUCAACGGCCAGGUUAACGUCCACUCCCUCCUCUUGUAUACAGCGCCUACAAGCUCCGCCCCAAAGACAAUAAAACUUUUCAAGAAUCGCGACGAUAUGGAUUUCUCAACCGCGUCGGAGUUGCACCCGACUCAAACAAUUGAGGUCCCGCAGCCUAUACCCGGCACCGAUGUCUUUGAAUUACCGUUGAACCGUGCUCAUUGGAAUGCGACUACCUUUGUCACGCUUUUCUUUGAGGAUAAUUGGAGUGAUGGGGAGGAGGAUGUUACUAAGGUUGGGUAUGUAGGCUUCAAGGGGCAGUUCAUGAAGUUAACCCGGGAGCCGAUUAAUUUCCUCUAUGAGGCUGCGGCGAACCCCCAGGAUCAUGUCUCUAUUCCUGGUGUUAGUGGUAUCGGUGGCAGUAUUAUGCCUGGGCAAUAG